AUGGACCGAGAACGAGGCCGAUUACGAUUGAGCUUUCUAUUUUGUUUGAUAUCAUUUACCUGUGCCUAUCCACAAUUCCAAAAUGAAAUCUAUCGGAAGCGAUUGCCCUCUUUCCUCACCGCAAAAAAGACGCAAACAAGGAGAAGUUCGGAUUAUGGCCCACCAGCUCAUGUGCCCGUUUACAUCAAUCCAUAUCCCGAGGUGCCCGAGUUGCCAAAUCCAAAGCAGGGAACUCCAGCUCCACCAGGCGCAGAUUCAUAUCAGAAGAUUGUUCUUGGCGAUCAGAGUCCAAGCAAACACCACGAUGAGCCUCAAAAGGAAAACACAGAAGGACCCAUCCCACCACCGACACCGAGCGCUCCAAAAUCCCGACUUGACGAGAUUGCACGUCAAGUGCAGAAGUUGCUUCUGGACUCUAAAGGCCAUGUCGAUACAAACAAAAUCCCUGAGCCCGUGAAGAAACCAGGAAGCAAAGCACCCGGCUUUUCCCCAAAUCGCCGCAGCAACGCUCCUCACAAGGUCAACACAAGGGAUUUGGCACCAAUUCAAAAAUCUGGCUAUGAUGCCGAGGCGCCAAAAACGAAAACAAACGGUGGAAUCACGAUUCAUUCUUCUGGAUAUAAUUUCGAUGGUGAUGGCUUACCGAAUAGUGUGGAAGAGGACACGAGCACCGUAGCCUCAACAUAUGAAGAUCGCGAUGACUCGAGACAAGGAUACGAUGACAAAAAUCACAAACCGAAUCGUGGAAACAUCGAUGAAGGAGAGAAUUCCCCAACGAACAAGCCAAAGACACAGAAACCGAGAUACGAGCAUACGACUCGGCCAACAACCACAAUUGAUUAUUAUCCGUAUAGACAAAAGGGAUAUCGAGUCACAACAAGAGCCACACCAAAGCCAACGACUACACAGGCGCCAAAAACAACGACGAGAUCUCAAGGAUAUGAACAAGAUACAGUAACUCCAAGAAAUGGAUAUGAUUACAGUAAUCGAAACACGGCCAGGCCUAGAAAUAAUGGAGAUGACUACAGUAAUCGGAAUACAGUACCAUCAAGGAAUAACGGCUACGAAGAGAAUACAGUGGCCCCGAGAAAUGGAUACGAAGAGAAUACACCGGCCCCGAGAAAUGGAUACGAAGAGAAUACAGUGGCUCCGAGACAUGGAUACGAAGAGAAUACACCGGCCCCGAGAAAUGGAUACGAAGAUAAUACAGUGGCUCCGAGACAUGGAUACGAAGAGAGUACACCGGCCCCGAGAAAUGGAUACGAAGAGAAUACACCGGCCCCGAGACAUGGAUACGAAGAGAAUACUGUAGCAACUGAUGGCUAUGGGAAGCCACCUGUUGACAAUGGAUAUGAAAAGCCAAAGGAUAACUAUGAUCAAACAGUGAGAACGCCUGAGAAACCGUCACAAGAAUAUGGAGAGGAGACACCUAACACUUAUGAGCAAGCUGAAACAACUACAGCUACUCCUCAAGAUAAUGGAUAUGAACAAGGAAACGAGAAAGAGCAAACGAACAACGAGAAUCCGUAUGAAGAGUCGCACAAAGUGAAUCCCUACGAUAUGCUUGUUGAGCAUUCUGGAGAUGAUCAAGCUGAAGGCUACCACACCCUAUUGGCCAAAGACGCAAAAGCUUACGUGGAAGAACACAAAAGACUCCAAAGAGCGAUGGCUAAACGAAUCUAUGCCGAGAUUAGAAAACAAAUAAAGAGAGAGCUUGAUCUGGACAGUGACGCCAGCUCUGCCAAAGAAAAAUCGGCUGAGAAGUUGAGCGAGAGCUCUGAACAACUCAAAGAGGCACAACAUGAAGAGCCUUAUUCUGCUGGCAAGCCAAGCAAUGAGAACUCCGGCUAUGAGGAACCAGCUCCUCAACAACCAGAUGGUUAUGAUCAACCCAAAGAUGAGGAGGAAGUGCACGAGGCUCAUCCCAGCCCACCAAAAGAAUACCUUGAGAACAUUGAGGAGUCUGAGCAUCCAUCCACACCUCGUCCCACUCUGGCCACCGCUUUGCCCGAUGUGAAGAAACUUGUCAACAAUUUUGCUAAGCAAAGCGAAAAUCAGGCUAAGGCAACUCGUCACCAAACUGGUCACAAAACUCACACACAGAGCACCACCCCCAAAGAUUUUGGUUUCGAUGGAUCGGUUGACCGGGUCACGACUCCGAUUCCUCAAGACUACAUUGAGGUGCACGUAGCUAGCCCUCUUCCGCCAGUUGAUCUUUAUGGAGAAAGCCCAGAGACCACUCAAGCCCCAAAACCUGAGCCAUCCACACAGGGAUACGAUGAACCAGUGCAUGAGGCUAAACCUGUACCCCCAGUUGAAUAUGAACAACCACAAGAGACAACCACGUCAACUCCAGAAAACCCCUAUGAACAAUACCCGCCAAGUCCAGCACCGAAAGAAGAGAAAAUUGAUGAAGGAGAGAAGAACAGAGGAUAUGAUGAGAAGGAGGAGACGAAAGAAAAUGAACAUCCAGAAUAUCCAAGUGAUGGAUGGAAUGGAUUCCCGGGUGGAGAUGAUAAUCAACAUAAAGAUAGUGAAGAGAAACCUGAGGAGAAGACGGACAGUGGAUAUCCGGAAGAAAAGAAGAGUGAGGAAAAGGGUGGGAAUACGGGAUAUCCAGAAGAGAAAGGAGAUCAUGGAUAUGAUGGAGCUGAGAAGAAUGGAUAUGAUGGAGCUGAGAAGAAUGGAUAUGAUGGAGCUGAGAAGAAUGGAGAUGAUGGAGAGGAGAAGAAAGGAUAUGAUGGAGCUGAGAAGAAUGGAGAUGAUGGAGCUGAGAAGAAUGGAUAUGAGGAUAAACAGGGAAAUGGGGAUAACAAGGGAAAUGAUGAUGGGGAGAUCGAUGAAGGAGAGGAUAAGAAGCACAAAAAGAACAGGGAUGACAAGCACAAGACAGGACCACCCGGAAUCGAGCCACAUGGAGAUGAAGAUGGCGAUCAAAAGUCGCAAGAACAACACAUCAGCUACACAGAGACUGAGGAUGGAGAUGAUGGAGAUCAAGGAAAUGGUGGAAAUGGUGGAAAUGGUGGAAAUUAUGGGGGCUACUCGGCUCAGCCAGCAGACUCCGGAAGCAGCAGCAAAUGGACACGAGGACAUCGACGUGAACUCGUCGUGACACAAAAGAUCCGAUCGACCGGGAAACAGAAACAACGAGUUUUCAUCGAUUAUGAGAAAGGAGGACGGCCACAAAUCUACGCGAAACAGGACCAAGAUGCGUCAAAGUCGACCUCAAGCUCCGAGAGCGCCGAGGAUGAGCGACGGAUGCGCGCUCGAGGUGCUUCUCGAUUUGUUCCCUUCAAUCAAGUACGACAUCUUUUCCUU